CUAGAUGCAGUGUAUGUAGAACAACUUUCCCCACAAUAGGGCAAGAUAAACUCCUCAGCAGCAUUCCAUCCCCACACCUCAACCCUCAAUCUUCCCUCCUUGUUGUCUGAUUUCCGCCAUCAACGAGCUUCUUGAGUUGAGUGUCAGUGGGUGUGCUUUAAUUGAACGUGUAGGGUAAAAGAAGUGUUUGUUUUGAAGAAAUUUAUAGGGUUUUGGAUUAGGUUUGUCUACUUCAACUUCAACUUCUCUUUUCUUCCAGUUACAGAGGAGUUGAAAUUGAAGAAAGGUAGUGCUUGCUAGCCGAAACCCUAGCCAACUCUACCGGUGGGAACAGCAGGUGGCUGCAACAAUGAAAGUGGUGGCGCUGGUCAGCGGCGGUAAGGACAGUUGCUAUGCGAUGAUGAAGUGCCAAGAAUACGGCCACGAGAUAGUAGCCCUGGCGAAUUUGAUGCCGGUUGAUGAAGCACAAGAUGAGCUUGAUAGUUACAUGUAUCAAACAGUGGGCCACCAGAUAGUUGUUAGCUAUGCGCAAUGCAUGGGGAUUCCGUUAUUUCGGAGACGGAUUCAAGGAUCCACCAGGCAUCAUAGUCUUAGCUACAAUGUGACUCCUGGAGAUGAGGUUGAAGAUAUGUUUAUCCUAUUAAAAGAAGUAAAGCGCCAGAUACCCUCUGUUGCAGCAGUUUCCUCAGGUGCAAUUGCAUCUGACUAUCAAAGGUUACGUGUGGAAAGUGUAUGUUCUAGGUUGGGGCUUGUUUCUUUAGCAUAUUUGUGGAAGCAAGAUCAGUCAUUGCUCCUUCAACAAAUGAUAAGAAGUGGAAUUGUUGCCAUCAUAGUAAAGGUUGCAGCCAUAGGGUUGGACCCCUCAAAGCACUUGGGGAAGGAAAUAACACAUGUAGAGGUCCAUCUUCACAAGUUAAAAGAGUUGUAUGGGAUAAACGUAUGUGGUGAAGGGGGAGAAUAUGAAACUUUAACUCUAGACUGUCCGCUCUUCAAGAAUGCUCGAAUUGUGCUGGAUAAAUUUCAAGUUGUCUUACAUUCAUCGGAUCAAAUUGCUCCUGUAGGGGUCCUGCAUCCCAUGGAAUAUCAUUUGGAGAACAAGUUGGUUUCAUUGUCUGCUUGUGAUAAUGACAAAAGUUAUGAGGUAACUCUGGGGGAAUUCGAUUCAGUAUGUGAAGUGUUGGGAGAUUGCCAAGAUACCUGUGAAGCCCCAAAUCAAAAAAAUGAUGUGAUUUCUGACUUAGCACUAGAUACACAACAUGAUAUUCACAUCUCAGAAUCCAGGAAGGAUAGUACUAUUUCCAUUGCUUGCUGGUUGCAGGAUGCCUCUAAAACCUCAGCAGAUUUGCGGGAGGAUCUGAAGGUGGUUUUAACAAGAAUUGAAUUGCUGCUUAUGGAAUAUAAUUGUUCUUGGGAGAAUGUUCUUUAUAUACACCUUUAUAUUGCUGAUAUGAAUGAGUUUGCACCAGCAAAUGAAGAAUAUGUAAAAUUCAUUACUCAAGAGAAGUGUUGGUUUGGUGUACCAUCACGUUCCACAAUAGAACUUCCUCUAUUGCAAGCUGGUUUGGGGAGGGCAUAUAUUGAAGUCUUAGUAUCAAAUGAUAAUACUAAGAAUGUUUUGCACGUCCAAAGUAUUUCUGAGUGGGCUCCUAGUUGUAUCGGUCCAUACAGCCAGGCAACAGUGCAUAAGGAUGUUUUAUAUAUGGCUGGCCAGUUGGGGCUUGACCCACCAACAAUGUUGCUUUGUGAUCAAGGUCCCCCACAUGAGUUUCAACAGGCACUAACGAACAGUGAAGCUGUCGCAAAAUGUUUCAACUGUUCAAUAUCCACUUCUGCUGUUUCCCUUGUCAUUUUCUGUUCGGUAUCUGUAAAUUCAUCAGACAGAAUUGCCAUUGAGGAUCAGAAGGAUGUCUGUCUUGCACAAAUGAAGCUGCGGUUAAAUAGUGGAAGGAGGCCCAGUAUGCCUGUAGUGAAUGAUCCUGUUAUUUUAUACGUUCUUGUUCCUGAUCUGCCAAAGAGAGCUUCAGUGGAAGUAAAACCCUUGCUUUACUGUGGGGAGAAUAUAGAGACUUCUCCUGGUGUCACCCAAAAAGACCUAUCCAUGGGAGAAGUGUAUUGGGGAUUUCAGCAUGAAAGCUGGCAUAAUAAUUGUCUUCAGAAGUGUAUCAUUAGUGGAAGAUUGUGUACGGCUGUCAUAUCUGUCACACAGGAAAUUGCAGGAAAGAUAUGUCCUCAGACCACUGACUCUGCUUAUGCUGAAUCACAAUGUAAAGUUAAUACUGAAAAACAAGCUGUAAGGAUGGCAGAGUUCUGCAUCUAUCUUCUUGAUAAAGUUCUUUUGGAGAAUGAUUUCUCUUGGGAUGAUGUAAUGAAUUUGCGGAUCUAUUUCAUAGCAAGUCCUCACGCCAGCCAUGAAACAUUGUCAACAAUCUUCACCAAUGCAUUCAAUGAAUUUGGGGAGAUGAGCAGGAGAAUCGACAGUGACAAAGGGUCAUUCUUCAACCUUGUUCCCGUCUUGGGUGCUGGGAGGUCAGCAACAUCCUUAGACAACAUACUUACGUGUGAGCUAUUUGCCAGGAAAUCUUAGCCAGAGUUCUUUUGUUGGUUGAGCUAUCUACUUUAUACAUAUUGAUCAGGCAACUAUACUUGGCAAAAUGAUAUUUGUAUUCACUCUGUAAUUGAACUGGGUCGAUUAUAUGGUUCUAUUUUUGAUGGGUGAUUAAAGGUGGAGCAAUAUGGGAGGUUGAAUGAGUACGAUAAAACACCAGAUGAAUAGUGUUACCAAGAUCCAUAUUUUCAAAAUCCAAGUUAUUGUUAUGUAAAUUAAUGACAUACCUUUUGUCUUUACAUACCUUUUGUCUUUGAUUAUUUAUUGCUAAGCUAUAGAAAUUUGUAGAGAGAUACUGUAGCCUUUUGGUUUAAAUCAAUUUAACUUAGAUGAUUCAAAAGCGUGGAAAAUACUUUUUUCAGUUUAUUUUUAACAAUAGGACCUUAUUUUAGAUGGUUGUAAACCGAUUCCUAGGAGAGUGUUG